AUGGGGAAACGCAAGAAGUCUUCUCGCAAACCUCAAGGUCCCAGGAAACGCGAACCCCUCGCUACAACGUUCACCUGUCUCUUCUGCAAUCACGAAAAAGCCAUCCAAGUCAAGCUCGACAAGAAAGCCGGCGUGGGCAACCUCUUCUGCAAGAUAUGCGGGCAGAAAUUCCAGACCGGCAUCAACUACCUGAGCGCGGCGGUCGACGUCUAUUCGGACUGGAUCGACGCGUGUGAAGACGUGGCCAAGGAGGCGGCGACACACGAGGCCGAGGAAGAUGCGAAGUUCAGCAGCUACGCGACAUCCGGGAGGGCUGGAGCAGGGGCUGGAGCCGCUGGUGGCAGGGGUGCCGAUGAUGAAGACGAAGACGCAGACGAUGGGGAAGAGUGA